AGCCCUGUCCUGGAGCAGCGGCCUAUUGUGCUGGGUGCUGCACAAGCCCAAAACAUCUCGCUGGUCCCGGCCCCCGAGGCUGUGCAGCCCCGGCUCCAUCACGCCAUUGUGGGGGCUUCUCAGGGGGCUCCAGACAAGUUCAUCCCAGUAAAUGGCCCCCGAUUCGUGAAUGGCUUGUUUCCAGGCCUGUCUCCCAAGGGUCAGACCCAGCACCCCGUGCCCUGACCAUGGGCUAGCAGGGCAGCUGGCACCAACAGCAGCUGAAGAAGCAAAGGCCCAGCAGGCACUGCAUGCCCAGGGCUCUGGGGCUGAGCAGGGUGCGCCAACCCAGGCUCGCUCCCUUGGCCCCAGCCCACCCAUGCUCAUGGGGUUUCCAUUCAAUUUGCUGGCAGCUCUAGCGCUCUGCGGCCUACAUCCCCAUGGCUGGGACACCCACCGUACCACAUACCACAGGGCCCAUUUCUACGAAGCGUGGCGCGUGGAACUGUGCUCUGUUCAAUCUGGCACCAGCGCUCAGAGUGUUGGCUGGAUGCCUCUUGUUACCAAUGCAGGGCCUCGCCCCGCCCUGGGGUCACCUCCGGCAUUCAGGUCCCGCGGGGGCAGGCCUUGGAUUCUGAGAUCAACUCUCGGUAUCAGGUAGGCACGUGGUCAAACCACAGGCUGCAUUGCACUCGGGGGUGGCCACGACAGAGCUUCGAAGAAGCAGGACGCUUGCUGCAGCUUCACAAUGACAGAGAUGCCUCCCCCAAACCAGACCUUCAGCCCCUGGGCGGCCGAGCCCCCGGUCACCACCGACUUCUACUAUGAGGACGAGGAUGGGCUGUUCCCGGACGGGGGCAGCUUCCUGCCCGAGAUGUGUGAGAAGGGGCCCGUGCAGGACUUUGCCCGCACCUACCAGCCGGCUGCCUACCUGCUGCUGUCGCUGCUGGGCGUGGCGGGGAACGGGCUGGUGCUGCUCACCCAUGCCCGCUACCGCCAGGCCCGCUCUGUGACCGACGUCUGCUUGCUGCACCUGGCCGUGGCCGACCUACUGCUGAUGCUGACGUCACUGCCCUUUGCCGUGGCGGGUGUGCUGCAGGGCUGGCCGCUGGGCACCAACGCCUGCCAGACCCUGCAGGGCUUCUACGCCCUCAACUUCUACAGCGGCUUCCUCUUCCUGACCUGCAUCAGCGUGGACCGCUACAUGACCAUCGUCAGGGCGCAAGUUGCCUGCCGCCUGCGCCCCCGGGCCCGCUGCUAUGGCUGGCUCGCCACCGGGCUGGCCUGGCUGCUCUCCACCCUGCUGGCACUGCCCCAGUUCGUGUACAGCCAGGCCAAGCAGUACCAGGGCCGCGAGCUCUGCAGGGUGCUCUUCCCUGCCAGCAUUUCCAAGGCAGCCCGGGGAGCCACCAACCUGGCCCAGGUCAUCCUGGGCUUCAUGCUGCCCUUCCUGGUCAUGGCCUCUUGCUACAUGGCCGUGGCCCGCACCCUGCUGGCUGCCCGCAGCUUCCAGCGGCACAAGGCCCUACGCGUUGUCCUGGCCCUCGUGCUUGUCUUUGUGGUCCUCCAGCUGCCCUACAGCCUGGUGGUGCUGCUGGACACGGCCGACAUGCUGGGCAGCCGGGAGAUGAGCUGUGCCCAGAGCCGCCACAAGGACCUGGCUCUGGUGGUGACCAACGGCCUGGCCUUCGCCCGCUGCUGCCUCAACCCUGUGCUCUACGCCUUCGUGGGCGUGCGCUUCCGGAAGGAGCUGUGGCUCCUGGCCAGCGAUGCCGGCUGCGUGGGCCGGGCACGGAAUGGGCAGCGCCCCAGCCUCAGGAGCUGGGCAUCACUCUCCACCUGCCUGGAGAUGGCGUAGGGGGCGGUGCUGAGCGGGCUGGCCCAGGGCUCAGCCCUCUGCCCUGCCAGCCGGGAGGCCAGGGCUCUCCUCCCCGGCUGGCAGGGGGCUACUGGGGCAGGGUCAUGUUGUUACAGCACCCUCCUCUGGCCACUCCAGGGGCACUGUUCAUUGGCUGGUGGGGGGGGUCUGUAUAAUGCCCAGCGCAUGGGGGGAGGGGGCUAACACUCAGCACACUGGGGGGGGUGAUGCCCAGCACACUGGGGGGAGGGGGCGUGUCUGUCUAACGCCCAGCACACUGGGGGGAGGGGGCGUGUCUGUCUAACGCCCAGCACACUGGGGGUGUCUGUGUAAUGCUCAGCACAUUGGGUGUGGGGGUGUGUGUGUGUAACACUCAGCACUCUGUGGGGUAUCCGUGUAAUUCCCAGCACACUGGAAGGUCUGUAUAAUGCCCAGUACAUGGGCGGGGUGGGGGGGUGUACUGCCCAGCACAUGGGGGGAUGUCUGUGUAAUGCCCAGCACAUGGGGGUGGAUUAUAUAACGCCCAGCAUGGGGGGGAUUGUAUAACGCCCAGCAUGGGGGGGGGAGGAAUUGUGUAAUGCCAGCACGCUGGGGUGGGGUCUGUGUAAUGUCCAGCACACUGAGGGGGCUGUAUAAUGCCCAGCACAUGGGGGUAGGUUGUAUAAUGCCCACCACGGUGGGGGGGGAGGAAUUGUGUAAUGCCCAGCACAUUGGAGGGUGUGUAAUGCUUAGCACUAUCUGGGGAAGUGGAAAAAUAAUCAGGCUUCCUCGUCUUCUUCCCCUGUAAAUCAAUAAAAUGCCCUAGGCACCUGUGUGCGCUUGU